AUGUUGAUACUCAUUGCAAGUAUUUUCACACUUUCUAUUGUUUCAUUUAAGGAAUCGAAAGAACUCUUCUAUAUAACACAAAAUAUACUUGAAUUAGGUUCUGUAUCAAAAAUCUUAUUACCUUCGCUUCGUGCAAUACAAUUACCAGCUCAACAAAGUAUUGUUAAAAUUGAAAGUUGUCAAUCGAAUGAUUGUGCUACUCAUAUGUCAAUCUUUUUUGAACAUGGUAUUACUUCAAUACGAGAUUAUAUUCUUCUAGAAAUUAUUGCUGAAAUCAUACAAGAAUCACUCGAAGAUUAUUUACAAACAGCUGGUUCAAAUCAUUUUACAUGUAAUGUAACACUCCGUGAUACUUAUGGUAUUAUUUCACUUCAAAUUGAAUUGUAA